CCGCGCCAGAGACCGUGCACGAGUUCUGUGUGGUUUUUUUUCCCCCCCCCCAUUUUCAAGUCUCAGCGACUGUAUUGUUUGCGCGGAUUAGUGGCUGCGAAGUCACACUCGCGGAUCGGCGCAGAAUCCCGUAGGCAGCGCGUGUCCCGGUGCGGCGGUGUGCGCGCGAUCACUGCGGCGCUGCACGAUGGACGCGCUCGGCGCGCUCUGUGUCAUUGUCAUCUUGGGCACCUGGCUCGCGUCCGCGGAGCGCCACAGCGUCUUCUGGAACAGCACGAACCCCAAUUUCCUCUGGGAUGAAUACACGGUGGAGGUGCGCAUCAACGACUACCUAGACAUCGUGUGCCCGCACUACCCCCUGGGAUUGCUUCCGUCCCAGGAGGCCGAGCGCUACGUGCUCUACAUGGUGGAGCGCGCCGACUACGAGGCCUGCCGCCCGCAGUCCUACGAGCAGCUGCGCUGGGAGUGCGCCAACCCCUUCGCCCCCCACGGCCCCGAGAAGUUCUCCGAGAAGUUCCAGCGCUACACCCCCUUCACCCUGGGCAAGGAGUUCCGCCAAGGCGAGAGCUACUACUACAUCUCGAAACCGCUGCAUCUUCAUGGGUCCGACUGUCUGAGGCUGCGCGUGGAUGUCGUGGGACCCGGCGAGUCUCAGGAGUCCCGCACCGGCAGAGGAGGGGAGCACAACCCACCCAGCAGAUUGCCUGCAGAUGACCCCGUCGUCGUCCUACCCGACGUCCAGAGAAGCGUCGGGGCAAAUUCAGGAGUGCUGAGGGCCACGCUCCCUUCCUUGAUGGCGUCAGCUUGUGUCGUCCUAUUGCUGCUAUUGCUAUGAAAUAUUUCAAGGGCGGCGAACCCCUGCCCACUUGUGCACAGACACUGGACUACAGCAACAGCGGUCCGCGAGGAGGACCUGCGCAUGAAUCCCAGUGCUGGCCAUUGGGAGGGAACUUUUGAAACUGGUGUCCUGUUUAUAUAUGAAGGAAUGAACUAUUUUUAACGGUUCCUUUGGAGGAAGGACUUCUCUCUAUAUAUAUGUAUAUAGAUACAGUAUGUCUUUAACAAGAAUGAUCUAGGAUUUAAUUUCUUCUCUUAUAACUCAAAGGACAAAUAGUAUUAAGGAAGAGGAGUUAAAGAGAAGCACUCUCUGUACUGUGUCCUUUGACAUACAGCGCAUCCCGGUCUGUGGCCAAACAAAUGACCGAUGAAUCUCAGACCCCGGUGUAACGAAAAGAGCCUUGCUCUUUGUCUUUAGUCAAAAUGAGCCUUUCUACGUGGACAAAGAGAACCUGAGACCAAAGAGUUCUCCUAUUUUCUAGUAAAACUGACCUGCUUUAUUGUGUGUAUCUCUGUAAACCAGUAUCAAGUCUUAAUUUUUAUGGUUGUAGCAUUGAGGGAUGUUCGGUUUUUUUUCUUUCUUUCUGUAAAUUGGACUAAUGCACCCAAUGUCAUGCAGCAGAACACGGCACUGGUGGUCCUUGACUUAUGGACAGGUUUCAUUCAAACAACCGGUGUCACUCACACACCCCCUUAUACUGUAUUACAUGAACCCUUAGGAUACACACAUACACACACA